AUGGCAUCGAAAAUUCUUAAAGCGACUACAAAUCUAACUGGAAUGGCUGUUUCGAAAGAUCCACAUUAUGCAUUAAAACUUCUUUAUGGAAAAAUUUUACGAGAUCUUAAGAAAAUACCAGCUACCGCAACAUAUAGAAAAUAUACUGAAGAUAUUAUUAAUACACGUCUUGGACAUGUCGAAAGUGAAACAAAUAUCGCUCGUCUUGAACGUAAAAUAAAUUGUGGUCAAAUUGAAGAAGUUAUUGUACAAGCGGAAAAUGAAUUAAUGUGUGUACGUCGAAUGGCUAUGAAUAAUGUUUGGGAACCACUUGCUAGUCAAGCACCACCAAAUCAAUGGAAAUGGCCUAUUGCUUAA